AUGGACGAAAUCUCCCGCCCCGCCAAGCGCAGCAAACGAUCUGCACCGGGAAAGGGGUGCGAGGACACCGAAGCAGAUGUCGAGAUAAUGGGCACCACGGGUGCUUCGAAGCUACCACACACUCGUUUCAGCUGCCCCGAGGGUUCUGUGGUUCCUUCAACACCGAUGUCAUCAGUUUCUGGGUCCUCAGCCCCGCCUGGUCCCACCGUUGAUACGGGAGGGGCAGAUGGAAGAGGGCCCCAGGCGCCUCCGCCACCGGAGUACUCGUGCGACUGCGAAGAGAUCUGCAUCCCAGUCCGCACAGUCAUUGCAUCCUGUGGUGCCAACGGGUGCAGCACCCCGCCCUCCAAGCCCGUCGUUUAUCUGGCUGGUCUCACAGGGGAGCAGGCGAAGCACGCCGAGGAAAUUGCGGUGGGAGAGGCUCUCUCGCUCUUUGCGCGGCGAAAGGUGCACCGCUUGCACCGGGGAAAGAGCAAGACCGCCCAAGCUCUGAAGGAGAAGCACUACAAAGAACGACACAGGCCCCACAUUCGGAAGACACAAGAGGACGGGGGGAAGGUUGACAUGGCCAUCGCGAGCAGGUUCAACCGCCAAGAAGCCUCACUUCCUACACCCUGGGCUUCAAAGUGGACUGCGCAUUUCGAGACUUUCGUUUCGCGGACCCCACUGCCUGUGACCAUCUGGGAAGACGUACUUCAGAAGCACGGUGCUCUCCAACUGGAACAGCCAGAAGACACCCAGCUCUUGCAGGUGCUCAAGAACGCGUACAAGGAAUCCCUGAUCGACGUAGAAAUGCGGGCAGAGUGCGACCCUAGCUUCACUAAGGGCUUUUUCACCGUCGAGGUCGUCCUCAUCACGAAGCUUCUUUCCCGGGGGUAUAGUCUAGAGGAGCGAGUCGGCAAGAGCUACACCCCCGAGAAAAACCACCGGUUGGUGGACUUCAUGCCUGUUGUGGAGAGACUCGUACUGCACACUGCAGUGAACCAGAACGCCGAGGCCGACAGUGCCUCCUCCGCCUGUUCUCCUCUUUCGUCCUCGGCGUCCUACCUCUCCCCCUCCCCCUCUCUUCCCCGUACUCCUUCCUCCUCCACCUCCCCUUCGCCCUGCGGGUCGCCCCCGGCUCUUCCCCCCACGUCCUCCUCCUCCUCCAUCCCCCCUGCGCCCUCCGGCGCCAACGCCGUCACCAAGAAGAACAAGGGGAAACAGCGCGCGAUAACCGAACUCGGUUCCGACGACGAAGAAGAGGAAGGAGAGUAUGACUUUCCGCCGCAGCCCGCGACGCCCACCGCCCCUACGAGCCAGCCCUUCGUCAACACCUUCGGCGCUGCUUCCAACUCCGGCGGCGAUGGCGGAAGUUCCGGGACGGUUGGCGGAGGCGCCGACGCCAGCGAGCUUGGUGUCGGGGUGGCUGCCAGCGGCGGUGCGGUGGUCGGCGGACCCGGGCGGAAAUUCCGGCCGUCAAAACCGGCGCACCUCGGAUACGGUGGGCAGUCGUCGACAGAUGUCACCCUUGAAGGACUGAUUAACAGCGUUCGCGCGGAGGAGAGAAGCCCGAGCAUUGUCUCCAAGCUGGUCCACAAUCCAACUGAGCUGCUCAAGGUGCUGGAGAACGUGCAACACGGGGCCCUGAUCAAACAGCCGGACUGUCUGACGGUGCAGUUGUUCGAGCACCAGCUGCAAGCCACCCAGUGGAUGUAUGACCAGGAAGUGCUGGAAGGGGGCGCAAUGCAGCACCUCUGGGUGGAGUUGCCCCCCCACCCUCAAAUGCCAGCGAACCACGACCGCUCUUGCGAGUUUCGCCGCUGCUGGUACUCUCCCGCCCUGAACCAGUUCACCGUCAAGAACCCCUUCAAAGCCGGGACAAAAGGUGGCCUCCUGUGCGAUGAGAUGGGACUCGGCAAGACUGCCGCCACGCUGGCCCUCCAUCUGAUACAUCCACCCCAAACCCCAUCCCCGGGAGUUCCGCUCGACGAGAAGGAGUGGGGACCCAUCACCGGCAAACAGGCCACCCCGAUGGUCGCCCCAAAGUCUACCUCGGGGGGUACGAAAGCUCCAGGAAAGGUGGUGUCCACGGGAACCCUGGUGGUGUGCAAAGUGUCGCUCGUCGGGCAGUGGGUAGAGGAGGCCAAGCGUCUGUGCGGCAGCGCGCUGUCGAUCUACGCCUACCACGGCGGGUACCACCGUAAGAAGGACCCGGCCUUCCUCGCAAAGUUCGACAUGGUGGUCACCACCUACGGGAUAGUCCAGGUUCUGGAUGAGAGUCACAGCCUCAAUCACGGGUCAGGAAGCUCGAACGCCGUCCGGGAGCUGGUUGCUAACCGCCGCUGGUGCAUGACCGGGACCCCUUUCACUUCCAAGUUCUCCGACCUCAACAGACAGCUGUCGUUUGUGGGCGUGGCGGGGUCGUUCCGGGACCGAGACCUUGGAGACAAGAGGCCGAACACAGACACGCAGGUAGAGGUGACGGCGUUUUUGCGCCGCGUGGUCCUGCGCCACUCCCAGGGCAUGAAGCUGGGUGCCAACAGUCUCCUCGGUCUACCGACCAUCACACACAAGGUGGAGGUUCUGACCCCGCCGCCGAAGGAGCUCGAGGCCUACCACGACUUCGAGAACACCAUCCAGAAAUAA